AUGGCUACGCAAGUCCCCAGCGCAGGCGUGAACGUCCCGACAGCCCAACAACUCCGUUUCCGUUCGAAGCCUCAACCCGCACCUGGGACGAAGCUGCAGCCUGGUCCGAAUGCGCGUGCGUUGCGACCAGAGGAGCCAGGCUUGCUCAAGGACCCGAACCUGCGCUUCGCCUUCGCACGGUUCAACCCGACCUUGACGACGGCGUUCCGGUUCCUCCUCCUCGUGCGAUGGGCCUCGGCGAUGUACACGGCAAUUGGAGACUGCGAUGAAGUCUUCAACUAUUGGGAACCGCUGCACUACCUCGUCAACGGCAAGGGCUUCCAGACGUGGGAGUACUCGCCAGCAUACGCCAUCCGGUCAUGGUUCUACCUCUUGAUUCACUCGGGUCCGGCUGUUGCGCUGCGAGCCUUUGGCUUCCCCGACAAGCGCGUCGCCUUCUUCGCCACUCGCCUCAUGCUCGCGACGUUCUCCUCCUUCGUCGAGGCUGUCUUCUAUCGCGCCUGCGCCGUCCACCUCAGCUCGCAUGUCGGCCGAUACGUCCUCUGGAUUCAGAUGUUCUCCGCCGCGUUCUACUCGGCUGCGACUACCUUCCUCCCAUCCACCUUCGCUCUCUACUUUGUCAUGCUCGGCACGGCAGCGAGCCUCUCGCCGGUUCAGGCGGGAUGGAAGCGCAUCUCGUUCGCUGUCGCGGCGUACGGAAUGGCAGGAAUCGUCGGAUGGCCAUUCGCUGUACUGCUCGGCGUGCCGCUCAUUCUCGAGCAGCUGUUCGUGCAAGGAACGGUCGAGAAGGUCCCGAGCGGGCAAACGGCACUCUGGGCGUCGAAGCGCGCGAGGAACCUGGGCAUUGCGCUCACACUCGGCGCAACGAUCGCUGUCCCGGUCGUCCUCGUUGACUCGGCGGCGUACCAGAAGCUCACGAUCGUCCCGCUCAACAUCAUCAAGUACAACCUCUUCCCUACUGCCGGCGCCGGUCCCGAGUUGUACGGCACCGAGCCGUGGUACUACUACAUCCUCAACGGGCUCCUCAACUUCAAUAUUCUCUUUCCCCUCGCUGUUCUGUCUCUGCCCUUCAUCCUCGUCACCCUCUCAAUCGACGCGAAGCGCUUUGGCGACUUGCGCGACCGCACUUCCGGCCAGACGCACCCGGCUGCAAGUUUAGCCAUCCGCCUCGUCCCUCUCCAUCUCUACUUGGCAGUCCUCAUGUUGCAGAAGCACAAGGAGGAGCGCUUCCUCUUCCCGGCCUACGGGCACGUCGUCCUCAACGCGGCCGUCGCGAUCUACCUCGCACGAGGCUGGGUCGAGGCGGCGUUCCUCAAGGUCACCGCCUCACCGUACAGGGCGACCCGCACCGGCCUCUUCUCGCACUUCACCCGCGCCGUCAUCGUCUUCUCCUGCCUCCUCUCGUUCGCCCGCAUCUCGGCUCUCCAUCACUACUACCACGCACCUUUCAACGUCUUCCACCACCUCCAGACCUACGACCUCUCGCGUCUCGCCCUCGUCAGCCACCCCGAGCUCGCACCCUUUAUCGACCCGACAAUCCCGCACAUCGAGUUUGCCAAGGCGCUCGACGCCUCAAAGGCUCUGCCUCUUGACGUCCUCGCACCGCUCAACCUCCGACUCUGCAUCGGCAAGGAAUGGCAUCGCUUCCCGAGUAGCUGGCUCGUGCCAGACGAGGUUGAGACGCGCUUCAUCAAGAGCGAGUUCGACGGCAUCUUGCCGAAGGUGUGGGAGGAGCCAGGCGAGGGCAAGGGGUUGUUCGGUCGCGCGACGGCGGUCGAGCCGCAGGGCAUGAACAUGUUCAACCGCGAAGAAAAGGAUCGCUACGUCCCGGUCGCGUCCUGCGACUAUCUCGUCGAUCUCGACUUCCCCGCUCGCCCCGCCUCGUCCUUCUCGUCUAUUGAGCCUCGCUACGCCGCCGAUGAGGCGCAUUGGGACAAGGUUUACUGCCACCCCUUCCUCGACGCCACCAACUCGCCUCGCCUCAACAGGGCGAUCAAGCUGCCGCUGCCUGGCUGGGACGCGAACAACAGCUGGGGCGAGUACUGCCUGUUGCGGCGUAAGGGGCUCUUCGAGGACAGCAAGAGCAAGGCGUGA